AUUACUCUUAAAAUUGUAUGUGAUCGUGUAAUCAUCGCCUAAGAUUAUCAUAUCAAGAUCCAACACCUAAUCAAUGUCAUUUGACGUCACUAAUCUAUGGCAAUAGAUGUUGUGGUUGUUUUGCAUAUUACCAAAAAGAAAUUUUAAUUAUGUUCCCACUAUUAGCUUCGGCAUCAUUUUAAAUUAAUAAACAACGCAUCCACAAUUUAUUGCGUGUUCUGUGUAUAAGUCGCCAGAAAGAGAUUGCCAAUGUCAAUAUGUCAGGAUCUCGGCCUUAAUUUCCAACAGAGAAUGGGCGCAAAUAUAUCACAGUUGGAAAGAGAUAUUGGGUCAGAACAGUUCCCACCAAAUGAACAUUAUUUUGGAUUAGUCAAUUUUGGAAAUACUUGUUAUAGCAAUUCAGUAUUACAAGCACUAUACUUUUGCCGCCCAUUUAGAGAGAAAGUACUUGAAUAUAAGGCUAAGAAUAAGAGAACUAAGGAGACCCUAUUAACAUGUCUGGCAGACUUAUUUUAUAGCAUCGCCACACAGAAGAAAAAAGUGGGCUCUAUUGCACCUAAGAAGUUUAUUGCUAGAUUAAGGAAGGAAAAAGAAGAAUUUGACAAUUAUAUGCAACAAGAUGCCCAUGAGUUCCUCAAUUUCCUCAUAAAUCAUAUUAAUGAGAUUAUUUUAGCUGAACGCAAUCAAAGUACACUUAAGCUACAAAAGAAUACCUCAGGGGAGAAUGUGACAUGUAACGGCACGGUGCCUCAGAGCGCGGAGCCGACGUGGGUGCACGAGAUAUUUCAGGGAACGCUCACCAGUGAAACUAGGUGUUUGAAUUGUGAAACUGUUAGCAGCAAGGAUGAGCAUUUUUUUGACUUGCAGGUGGACGUAGGACAAAACACAAGUAUUACACACUGCCUAAAAUGCUUCAGUGACACUGAAACGCUUUGCAACGACAACAAAUUCAAAUGUGACAACUGCAGCAGCUAUCAAGAAGCACAGAAGCGUAUGCGCGUCAAAAAACUGCCGCUCAUCCUCGCGUUGCACCUGAAGAGAUUCAAAUAUAUGGAACAGUAUAACAGGCACAUUAAGGUGUCACAUCGAGUCGUGUUCCCGUUGGAAUUGAGGCUGUUUAAUACCUCGGAUGAUGCUGUGAACCCAGACCGCCUGUAUGAUUUAGUAGCAGUGGUGGUACACUGUGGCUCUGGUCCCAACCGUGGCCAUUACAUCAGUAUAGUGAAGAGUCAUGGCUUCUGGCUGUUAUUCGAUGAUGACAUGGUGGAUAAAAUCGAUGCCUCCGCAAUAGAAGACUUCUACGGCCUAACGUCCGAUAUACAAAAGUCAUCUGAAACAGGAUAUAUAUUAUUUUAUCAAUCUAGAGAUGCUAGUUGUUAAGUUUAUUAAUAUAAUAAUUUAUAUUAUUUAAGAUAGUCACUACGUUAGAUCAUGUUACAUUAAUAUGCCGCGAAUGUUAAAGUUGAAAAUGGCAUUUAUAUUAUUCUAAAAUUGUUUGAAUUCAUUAUUAUUCAAUUUUUAGAUUUCAAUCAAUUGUAAAUACAAUUCAUUUCAAAAUACAAAGUUGUGAUCAUUCUUCAA